AUCUUUGGCUAUGGGUGAAACAGACUCAUAAACUUCCGGGCUACGAGAGUUCUGACCGUAAUGAUAUUUAGCCUCAGUUGACUGGAGGUUUAGCAACCCCCUGUUCGAAUAUCCAACAGCUAUUUCUAGUCAAGUCCAGUCUCGGAAUCUCCCGACUCCUCAGCCCAUCUAUGAAACCAUCGCCAUGGAUGUAGCUUACGACCAUAUCCAGGAGGAGAUCCUCACCUCCCACGACACCAACAAUAACCAAGAAAAUGACCCCUCGAGGCAGGAAGCUGGCUCGAGCAACGCCGAUGCAUCCGCUCACUCUUCUCAACGCCCCAAUCUCGACUUAGGGGCCGAAUUCCAAGAAACAUUCCGCGCCUUCUCUUCAAAUCCCUGGGGCGCCCGUCUAGGUGGGCUAUGGGGUAAUGUCCGCAAACAGGGAGAAACUUACUACCAAGGAGCGCGCCAGGAGUACGAGGCCGCAAGCGAGGAAGCCAUUAAAGGCUUUACGGAUCUAAGAGCUACUAUCGUGGGACGAACUAGAGGGCUAUCAACAGGAGGGGCAUUGAAAAGCGAGGAGGAUGCCAGCGAUGGAACGGGACAAAAGGGGAAAGAUAAGGAAAAUGAAGGUGACAAAGAGGGUGACCCCUCAGCGCCUACAGCACCGGGUGCGGAAAAGGACAAGCUUGACGACGAAACGGAUGAAGAGGGGAUCAUUUCUCGCUUCCGCAGCGAGGCUGCGAAGCGAUUGAAGGAUAUAGAGAAAGCAGAGGACGCGGCAGAUGAAGCACUACUGCGUUUCGGGACCAACAUCCGUAAUUUCCUUCGUGAUGCUGUAAGCAUUGCACCCCCUGAGGGGACCAAGGAUGAUGAGAAGGUUCUCUUCGAGAGCAAGGACGUUGAUGGGAAGAGGGUUAUCCAUACCACGCGAUUUGAGGCGCAACUCCAUGCUGUCCAUUCGAACCUUGACCGGCUAUCGCAGGAUCCCGUUAGCGCCGAGUGGUCUAGUUGGAAAAAUGAGUUCAAGGUUGAUAGCAAGACUAACGAGAUCGCGAGCGAUCUGGAGACAUAUCCUGAGCUGCGGAGGGCGAUGGAAGCACUGGUUCCCGAGAAGGUCGAGUAUGCUGAUUUCUGGUGCCGGUACUACUUCCUCCGUCUGGUUAUUGAGACGGAGGAGAAGAAGCGGAGAGAGAUGUUGAAAGGCGCAUCCACUGUCGUCGACGACGAAGAAGUAGCCUGGGACGAAGACUCCGACUCCGAAUCCGACUCACCCUCUACCCCUCAAGUUACCGUCGACAAAGCUGCUGGCGCCGGGCCCACGUCAGAUUCGCCAGCUACUAUGUCAGCUUCACGUCUCUCAUCCGGUAAUGAUACAUUAAGGGUUGCUGAGCCCCGUUGUUCUAACGAUCAACAAUCACAAGCCGACAGCGAUGCCAGCUACGACGUUGUCAGCGGCGCUCCAAGCCGCGCCCCGAAUAGUCCCCGGGAGAGCGGGAUGCCAGCGCCAACUUCCUCGUCUGCCGCCAAGGCUGACGAUGAUAGCGACGAGGAAGACUGGGAGUAAGAAAGAAAGCUGUUUGUCCUGGUGUGAGCGCAGGGCUUGAUGUUUGCUUUUAAAUUUGGCUGGCGCUUUUGUGGACUAGAUGCACUCUCUCCUCGGCCUGGGUAGCCUACUUGAUUGAUUAUACCUGUCGCGCCGGUUAUCUUCCUUUCGCCAAGAUAAUGGUAUGAAUUGGAUGUCGCACCAUUACCACAGGAUCAUUGUAUGUGUGCAGGAAGCACUCUGCGCGGGGAAUAUUGGUUUUUAUCUUCUUUCUUUUUUCCACUCGCUCCGAUUGUCAUGUCCCUUAACCCAUUUAUUUCCCCAUCUACCUGGCUUUUCUUUUUUCUGUACGUUUUACUUUUGGGAAUUGGCGUUAUGUGUCCUUCACUUGAAUUCCUUUCGAGAUUUUCGUUUAAUGUACAUACCUUACUGAAUAUUAUUAUAUCGGGCGUAGAGUUUUGUGGUGGUAAUCCGAUCCAAAUGUUGGCUUUUCUUUCCCGAAUGCGAUGAAACCAUUAUUAUUAUUAUUUUUCUAUUGUCUCUUUGAUGCAAUUCGUCCUCGUUUUCGGUUUGAGGAGUUAAACUUCAUAACCUACACGGUUGAGCUAGGCGUUUUAUUGAUAGAUUGUUUCAGCUCAUGGCUCUAAUAAUAAAAAUUUAAACCCUACGAGUUGUACCAUAUUUCGAGGUAGGUUAACCCGUACAUCUGCUUGAUGUUCCGCCUAGCCAUGAUCUCCAUUCAGCAGCUUCAUGCCCCCUAGUAAGUUGAU